AUGGCGGCGCUGAUAAGGAUCGCUACACGUGACAAAACGCAAUUGUAUAAACUGUUGAAAUUGAAAUAUAUUACCAGAUUUCUUGCUACAAAUGUUAAUAAUGAAGUUAAGAAGGAAGAAAAUUCGAUUAAAUCGGAUCAACCUGAAGAUUUUUUCGGUUUAGAAAGUGAUAUAAACACGAAAAGUUAUGAAAAUGUGGCCACCAUGCCUGCAACCGAAAAAUAUCAAUAUUUAUUUCAGAAAGAAAAAAGUCCAGCUGCCGAGAAGACAUUAGUUACGUCGUUUGGAGAAGUACGUCUCGAUUCUGACAACAUUCCCAAAUAUCAUGGACAAUAUCAUGAAGUAUUUGACGAAACUUUGUCUUCUAUGUUUCCUGAAUAUUCAGAAUUACCAUCUAGAAAGAACAGAAGAAGCUCUCGACGUCGUAGACUUGAUGAAGAAACAUCUGAAGAUCCUGAAUAUAUUAAUUUAAAUUCAUCAGAAAUAAUUGCUAGUUCUAAAGAUUUAUCCAAACGCCGAGAGAACUUAUUCGAUAACGAGUGUAAAAUGGAAGGCCGUGCCGAACGGUCCGGAAAAAAGGAAGUAGAGCGGAAUAUACAGAAAGUUUCGACGGUUAAUUCAAAUAUUUCUUUAAGUAAUGGUGACUUUUCUUUGACCGAACGUUCGAAUAUAAUGGACGAUAAUUUAGAUAGAAGCGAUAGUAAAGUCGACUCUGAAAUUACAAAAGAUAACUUUAUUGAUUCUCAAUAUUUUGGUAAUAAAAUAGAUAAUAGUGAUGAAUCUUUAGAAGAAGAAGAUAAAAACUUGAAAUAUGUUAAUGAACAAGAGUUUAAUUUUGAAAACAGAAAAAAAAGUAACAUUCAAAAUAAUGAAAUGACAGAUGAUUUAAACUUUAUUGAUGAACAAUAUUUUAAUGAAAAUAGAAGUGAUGCAAAUAAUUUAUUGCAAGGAAAUUUUAAAAACACUUCUGAAAAUACAGAAUAUAUUAAAUCAACAAAGAAUUUAGGAAAUAAUACUAAAUGUCAACAAGGUAGUGUGCCACAAAAUUUGAAUGAUAUCAAAGAUGCUGAAUUUGAGAGUUUUUCGGAUAAUCGAAAUAAACGUAAGUGUGAACCGGCAAACUUAGAGAAUCCGAGAACGGCGUACGAUUACGUUAUGAAGUUACGGAAAGAUGAAAAAGAAAAAAUUUCUGCAAAUGUUUUUCAAGAUAAAGAUAAAUUUCCAGAAGACAAAAAAACGGACAGUAAAGGUUUUCGUAUAUUGAAAGACCAAGUUAAAGAUUUAACAAAGUUUCCUCAAGAAACUAUAGUCACAAUUUUAAAAGAUUCCAUUAUAUAUAAUGAUAAUGAUAUCGUUGCCAUUUCGAAGCCUUAUGGUUUAAGCUGUCAAGGUGAACCAGGGAGAAAUUCAAAUGUGAAUGUCAAAUCUUGUCUUCCUGAAUUAGCACAGAAAAUCAUGAAAAAGUCUGCAGAUCCUACAUUAUAUCUUGUUAAUACAAUUGGCAGAGAUACGACUGGAGUAAUUUUAUUGGCAAAAACCAAGCAAAUGGCUCAACAUCUUACUACCCUUUUAACUGAGAAUAAAAUUAUAAGAGUAUAUUGGGUUAUAACCAGAGGUAUUCCAGAAUUACCAGAAGGUGUUAUUGAUAUUCCUAUUGCUGAAGGUAGCAUCAAUGGAAGAAAGAGAAUGGUGUUGAAACCUGAACCUGUAGGCGAAUUAAAGGAUAUUGUAAAACCUUCUAAAUAUGCUGAACGUGCAAUCACUCAUUACAAUAUAAUAGCUACUGUAGAGAAUGCAGCUUUGAUGGAAGUUAAACCUGAAACAUCUGUGAAACAUCAAAUUAGAGUUCAUUUGGGUUUUGGACUUCGAUGCCCGAUAUUAGGAGAUCAUAAAUAUUCUCAUUUAGAUAAAUUAGCACCACAAAGACUUCCCGACAGCAUGUUGAGAAGACUGGGCAUUCAGCAGAGCAAAGCGCGUUAUGUGCCAAUGCAUUUACACUUAAAAAACCUAGUCAUUCCCGAAAUAUUGGAUGGUAAAAAUCUGUUCUUUAAGGCCAGUUUACCUCCCCACUUUAAAGCAAAUUCACGCAGCUUGAAGUUUAAGAAAAAAUGAAAGUUCUUUAAUUUGUUAAGAAAGAUCAACAUGGCAUUAGAAGUGCACAUGGUUGUAUCCAUCGUCUUCCUUACUGUAGGUUCCGUAAUGGUAUUUGUUGGAUUGGUUCUAUGUUGCUUGAUCAAACCCGAACUUUACGUCCGAGGGCAUCUUUACGAUCGGUUAGUGACGUCGGUUCUUCCGCCACCUCCGGCGGAAAUUCCUCCACCCAUAUUACCAACCGCACCUUCUCCUUCAGAUUCGGAAUUAAUGCGGUAUAGCCCCACUUGGAAAGGUAUUAAAAUAUA